AUGGCCGCUAGUGCAAUUUAUAUCUUCUACACGAUCUUAAAUUACUACGACUUUGAAGAAGCAUUUGUGAAAUCUUUGUUCAUAGAGAACUACCUAUGCAAGUGGAAUGAUUCUAUCCCCCGCAACAACCAAAGUCAGUACAUCAUUCACCUAUGCUACAAUGGUGUUCUCCCUCACGAUCCUCAAACCAAGCCACCGACAAUCAACGAGAUGAAGAUCCGAUCCAAAGGACGCAACAUUUCACUGACUUUCGAAGAACUAGCUGAAAUACCCGAUGCUGAGUGGCUCAAGAAAUUCGACGCAUCUGUGUACGACCUGUAUCCACAGACCAUCUCCGCAAGGGAUUCUAUUCGACGAAUACUCAUGGGAUUGCCACUACUCGAGUUACCAAUGACCGAUCCUGUAGCUUCGAACUCCUCUUCUGGAAACAGCGUUUCCGUUAUUCUUCCCAUUGGUACACGACAGCACCUUCGGCAGCUCUUCAAUUUCAGUGGCAGUGGCCUCGACGUACACCUGGUUUUCUCAGUUGGACUACCCAAAUCCUCGGGAAGCAACGUGUUUCAGCGUGAUGGAUUUAACGUGACACUUGGUGGACGCUCGGGUAAAUUGUACAAAGAUACUGAAGAAUACCGGAAUAUGACGAGGCGCGCUCUUGAUGAGGAAAUGAGGAGAUAUGGCGACUUAAUUGUUGGCAAUUAUGAGGACACGUAUUUCAACUUGACGCUGAAAAUGUUCUACACGUUUCAGUGGGCCGCCAGAUUCUGUCGACCCUACCACCCCACAUUCGUCUUCAAUGACGACGACUUCGCGUUUAAUACACAGAAGUUGAUGGAAUUUAUCCGCAGUAAAAGCCCACAACAACGUGAGACAUUGAAUCACGGUCUCGCCGUGCCUUAUAAUCCCGUUCACCGUCCGAGAUCUUCCCUCCAACAAUGGGCAUUUUCGAAACGCGAGAUUCCUUGGCCAAUACACCUCCCCGGAAGAAAGAAGACGCGGAUUAAUAAACCAGGGAAGAUCAAAGAUGCCCUUAAUUCCGAAGACAUAGCUAGCGAUGACUUGAAAUAUUUUGUCAUCUAUGCGCAAUUUCAGCAGAAUUACAACCUUUCUGUCACGAAAUUCUGCAAGUGGAAUGAUUCUAUCCACCACAACGGCCAAGGUCAGUACAUCAUUCACCUAUGCUACAACGGCGUCCUCCCUCACAAUCCUCGACUUAAACCACCGACAAUCAACGAGAUGAAGAUCCGAUCCAACGGACGCAACAUUUCACUGACUUUCGAAGAACUAGCUGAAAUACCCGAUGCUGAGUGGCUCAAGAAAUUCGACGCAUCUGUGUACGACCUGUAUCCACAGACCAUCUCCGCAAGGGAUUCUAUUCGACGAAUUCUCCUGGGAUUGCCACUACUCGAGCACCCAGUCUACAAUCCCACUCUCCACUAUCUCCAAGUUCCCUCAAAGACAUGUCCUCCUCAAACAUUACAACAUACUCCGGGCAACCUGUCCAACAAUGCCUCUCACGAUGUCGUGAUCAUUUACAAAUCAGCAGUCUACAACUUCCACGCCCGACAGCACCUUCGGCAGCUCUUCAAUUUCAGUGGCAGUGGUCUCGACGUACACGUGGUUUUCUCAGUUGGACUACCCAAAUCCUCAGGAGGCAACGUGUUUCAGCGUGAUGGAUUUAAUGUGACGCUAGGUGGACGCUCGGGUAAAUUGUACAAAGAAUACAAGGUAUACCGGAAAAAAAUUAGGCGAGCUUUGGAUGAUGAGAUGAUC